CCCGCCUUCGCCGCUGCCAUGGCGGCAGCUCCGCCGCUCUCCAAGGCUGAAUAUCUGAAGCGUUACUUGUCCGGGGCAGAUGCCGGCGUCGACGGAGGCCCUGAGUCCGGCCGCAAGCGUCGCAAAAAGCGGCCGAAGACUGGCGGGGCUGGCGGCAAGGGCAUGCGGAUUGUGGAUGAUGACGUGAGCUGGACAUCUAUGUCAACCACUAAAACAGAAAAGGAGGAAGAGGAAGAUGAUGGAGAUUUGCCUGUGGUGGCUGAGUUUGUGGACGAGCGGCCAGAAGAGGUAAAGCAGAUGGAAGCCUUUCGUUCCAGUGCCAAAUGGAAGCUUCUGGGAGUUCCAACAAUAGGCCACAAUGAAGAUCUACCCUCACACAGACAUUCCCGUCAUGAUACCCCGGAUUCAUCUCCUCCUAGGCAGGUCCGUCAUGAUACCCUGGAUUCAUUUCCUCCUAGGAGGGUCCGUCAUGACACCCUGGAUUCAUCUCCUCCUAGAAGGGUCUGUUAUGACACCCUGGAUUCAUCUCCUUCUAGGACGGUCUGUCAUGACACCCUGGAUUCAUUGCGUCCUAGGAGGGUCCGUCAUGAUACCCCGGAUUCAUCUCCUAAGAGGGUCCGUCAUGAUACCCCGGAUUCAUCUCCUCCUAGGAGGGUCUGUCAUGAUUCCCCGGAUCCAUCUCCCCCCAGGAGGGCCCAUCAUGACUCAGACCCAUCUCCCCCAAGGAGGGCCCAUCAUGAUUCACCGGAUCCUUUUCCCAUCAGGAAGCCUUAUCGUCAUUCUUCAGGUGUAUCUCCUAGGAGGGCCCGUCAUGACACACCAGAUCCAUCUCCACCUAGGAGAGCCCACCACAAUUCCUCAGAUAUCUCUCCUCGCAGAAGGGCCCAUAACAGCUCCCCUGACACAGCUCAGCCUAGAAGGACUCUUGACUCUGUGGACACACCACAGCUCAGGAGGGCCCAUCAUAAUUCCCCUGACUUGGCUUCUAAUGUCCCUCAUUCACUGCCCAGAACCAAAAGCAGUAAAGCCCCAGAAAGUUCUAACAAAACUUCUUCACAUAAGAAGGGACCCGGACCUUCUCAUCUAUCACUCCCAAAGAACAGCAAGUAUGAAUAUGACUCGGAACUCUCUCCUCCACGGAAAAAGCAAGCAAAAUCCCAUUUUGGAAGUAAGCAGCAUGAUUCUAAAGGCUCUCCCCCCAGCCAUAGGAAAUAUCAUAUGAGCUCUUCACCCAGGAGACAUCAGAGUCACAUGUUGGAUGCUUCUUCCUACCCAAGUGACAGUAGGAAAGCCUCUGACUCAGAUCUUUCUCCUCCACGGCAUAAACAAAGUUCAGGGCCCCGGGAUUCUGACUCAGAUCUGUCACCUCCACGGAAUAGACCUAGGCACUGGAACUCUGAUUCUGACCUCUCUCCACCAAGGAGGAAACAGAGGGCCAAAUCAUCUGAUUCUGACCUGUCUCCACCUCGAAGGAGUCAGCCUCUGGGAAAGAAGGCUGCACACAUGUAUUCUGGGGCUAAAACUGGGUUGGUGUUAACUGACAUACAGCGAGAGCUGCAGGAGCUCAAGAGACGGGACCAAGAGACCAUGGCAUUUGAAGCUGAAUCCCAGCAUGCUGAAACCGUAUUUCGAGAUAAGUCUGGUCGUAAGAGGAAUUUGAAACUGGAACGUUUAGAGCAGAGGAGAAAGGCACAGAAGGACUCGGAGAGAGAUGAGCUGUAUGCUCAGUGGGGAAAAGGGCUUGCACAGAGCCGGCAGCAGCAACAAAAUGUGGAGGAUGCAAUGAAGGAAAUGCAAAAGCCUCUGGCCCGCUAUAUUGAUGAUGAAGAUCUAGAUCGGAUGCUGAGAGAAAAAGAAAGAGAGGGGGACCCCAUGGCCAACUUUAUCAAGAAGAAUAAGGCCAAGGAGGACAAGAAUAAGAAAGUGAGACCUCGCUACAGUGGCCCAGCACCUCCUCCCAACAGGUUCAAUAUCUGGCCUGGAUAUCGCUGGGAUGGAGUAGACAGAUCCAAUGGAUUUGAACAGAAGCGCUUUGCCAGGCUUGCCAGCAAGAAGGCGGUGGAGGAACUUGCCUACAAGUGGAGUGUUGAGGAUAUGUAACUUUUCUGAGGCAUUGGGGGUGGCUGUGUGUUGUGGUGGUGGACACAGGGUAGACAGACGUCCAGCUGCAACAGUCAUCUGUGCUCAUAAUCAGGGCCCACACAGACCAGCGACUUGUCGGAUGCCAGUUUUGACUACAGAAGAAUAUUUGAGACGUAAUGUUUGGACUGAAGGACCUGUACUUCUCAGGUGUGCCGACACUGCCUGUUGCUGGCUUUCAGAGGAAGCGUUGACUUCUCUGUGUCCCAGGGUUUGUUCUUGGUUAGGGUUUUCCCUUUUUAAUAAACACACAUUUAUUUUUUUUAAAUAAUUUUCUUAAAUGGAUAUUCUGUUUUGGGGAAGAAUACAAGCUAAUAUUGAACCCCCAGGGAUCUUGGAGGGCGAUAGUUGGAUUUUUCAUUCAUCUAGGAAGCAGGAUGAGUAAAAACUUUCACAGUGAUAGCUCCUUCCUCUUAGAAAAUAAGAAUUAUUGCUAAACUAGACUUAGGAAUAGACAUGGCAGUUUGGAGACAUGGUGUCUGGUAAAGGUAGUGUCACAAAUUAGUGGGGAAGAGAUAGAUAAUGGUGCUCGGAAAAUUGACUUAUUAUAUGGACAAAAAUAAAGUUGGAUCCCUGCCUUAAACCACAUAAAGCAAAGACAAAUCCCAAAGUGAUUUUACCUAAAUGAAAGGUAAAAUGCUACAGCCAAUAAGAAAAAAUGGGGAAUGUCUUUGUGACCUUGGGGUGAGGAUAAAUUUGUUAAAUUAGAUCUCCAAAUCACAAUCCGUAAGGUUUGAUAGCUUUGCCUACAUCAUAAUUAAAGAUUUCUAGUCAACAAAGCACCCCAUAGUCAAAGUUAAAAAUGGGUAUAGACUAGGAGAAAAUAUUUCCAAUGUCUAAAACUGACAAAGGAUUACAUUUAUAAGAGAUUGAAUAUAGAAGGAACUACUGCAAAUUGGAAAGAAAUACAAAACACAAAAUAAAAACAGGCAAAGAAUAUGAAUAUGUAAAAUCUAAAGGAAAACCAGAAUGGCUAAUAAGUAUAUUACUACUAGUAAUUAGAGAAAUAGAGAUCAAAACAUUAAUGAGUUUCUACUUUGUAUCUAUUAGCAAAAAUAAGGAAGAGACUGAAUUCUCAUAGGGAAUGAAAACUCAUGGGAAGUUUCAACUAUUGCAUCCAUUCUGGAGGACAAAUGGGCAAAACUUAAUUGAAAAUAAGUAAUAUCUGGGAUGCAGUAUUGCAGAAUUUUUGAGAGAAUAUUGUCUGAGCUUGAAUCUCAGGUAUGUCUUUUACUGUGUGACCUUGAUAAGCCACUUAACUUCUCUGUGUUUUAGUUUCUUCAUUUUUGAAAUGGAGAUAAUAUUACCCACCUCAUAGGUUUAUUGUGAGCCUAGAACAGUGCCAGGCGCAUAGUACAUGUCACAAAAUUAUUAGCUGUUGUUAUCAUUGUCUUCCUAAUCAUCAAGUGUUGAUAGCCAGCUUCCAAUGUGGCCCCAAUGAUCCCUGACUCCUGGUAUUUAAGCCCUCGUGUAGUCCCCUCCUACAGUGAAUAGAGCUGACCUGUGUAACGGGUAGGAUGUACUGGAAAUGUGUG